CUAGUAGUUGCCGAUUGCGAUUGAACUGCCUUUUUCUACCACUCGUUUUCAAUCACAUUUUCCAUCACCAAAUUCUCCACUUCACAAUAUGAACGGACUAGUAGCUCUUGUAACCGGAGGUGCCUCUGGAUUAGGGCUUGGUUGCGUGCGAAGAUUUGUAAAAGAAGGUGCCAAAGUAGCCAUCGCUGAUCUACCAUCAUCCAAAGGAGAUGAGAUCGCUAAAGAGCUGGGAGACUCUGCUGUUUUUACACCAAUGAAUGUAACAUCACCGGACGAUGUGAACGCUGCUGUGACUACAAUAGAAAAGAAAUUUAAGAAGCUGAACGUUAUUGUUAAUGCAGCAGGGAUAGCGGUAGCACACAAAAUAUAUAACUUCAAUACCAACACACCGCAUUCACUAGAAGACUUCAACAAAGUGGUUAACGUAAAUGUGUCGGGGACGUUCAACGUUAUCAGAUUAAGUUUGCCAUUGAUAUACAAGAACCAACCGGACGAGGAUGGACAACGGGGUGUAAUAAUUAAUACAGCGAGCGUUGCUGCUUACGAGGGGCAGAUGGGUCAAGUAGCGUAUUCGGCUAGCAAGGGCGCGAUCGUUGGAAUGACGUUGCCCAUGGCCCGCGAUCUCGCCAAGCCCGGCAUUCGCGUAGUCACAAUCGCUCCUGGAUUAUUCGAUACACCGAUGUUAUCAAGCUUACCAGAAAAGGUACGUGCAUAUUUGGCGAAAACGGUACCGUUCCCUCACAGAUUGGGAAACCCGGACGAAUAUGCAAAACUGGUACAACAAAUCGUUGAGAAUCAUCUGCUGAACGGAGAAGUGAUAAGACUGGAUGGUGCUCUCAGAAUGCAACCUUGAACUGGUGUACGUGUAACGGUUGCAUGAACAGGUGGAAGUGGAGGGAAGACAGAGACACAGAAGGUGGGUAAUUAAAGAAAGACACAAAUGAUACUUAUAUAGAAACAGAGAAGAAUGUAUGAGAGAUGAAUAAAACGGUUAAUUUUUUUACAUGCAA